GGAGAGACCGCCGCAGUUGUCGCCACAUCUGGAAUUUCUGGCCCUUUUCUCUUCGCCUUAAAUUCGGGUGUCUUUUAUGAAUAAUCAAAAGCAGCAAAAGCCAACGCUAUCAGGCCAGCGUUUUAAAACCAGAAAAAGAGAUGAAAAAGAGAGGUUUGACCCUACUCAGUUUCAAGACUGUAUUAUUCAAGGCUUAACUGAAACUGGUACUGAUUUGGAAGCAGUAGCAAAGUUUCUUGAUGCCUCUGGAGCAAAACUUGAUUACCGCCGAUAUGCAGAAACACUCUUUGACAUUCUGGUGGCCGGGGGAAUGCUGGCCCCAGGUGGUACAUUGGCAGAUGACAUGAUGCGUACAGAUGUCUGUGUGUUCGCAGCACAAGAAGACCUAGAGACCAUGCAAGCAUUUGCUCAGGUUUUUAACAAGUUAAUCAGGCGCUACAAAUACCUGGAGAAAGGUUUUGAAGAUGAAGUAAAAAAGCUGCUGCUGUUCUUAAAGGGUUUUUCGGAGUCGGAGAGGAACAAGCUGGCUAUGUUGACUGGUGUUCUUCUGGCUAAUGGAACAGUUAAUGCAUCCAUUCUUAAUAGCCUUUAUAAUGAGAAUUUGGUUAAAGAAGGGGUUUCAGCAGCUUUUGCUGUAAAGCUCUUUAAAUCAUGGAUCAAUGAAAAAGAUAUCAAUGCAGUAGCUGCAAGUCUUCGGAAAGUCAGCAUGGAUAACAGGCUGAUGGAACUUUUUCCUGCCAAUAAACAAAGCGUUGAACACUUCACGAAGUACUUCACUGAGGCAGGCUUAAAAGAGCUUUCAGAAUAUGUUCGGAAUCAGCAAACCAUUGGAGCUCGUAAGGAACUCCAGAAAGAACUUCAAGAACAGAUGUCCCGUGGUGAUCCAUUUAAGGAUAUAAUUUUGUAUGUCAAGGAGGAGAUGAAAAAAAACAACAUCCCAGAACCCGUUGUCAUUGGAAUAGUCUGGUCCAGUGUAAUGAGCACCGUGGGAUGGAAUAAAAAAGAGGAGCUUGUAGCAGAGCAAGCCAUCAAGCACUUGAAGCAAUACAGCCCUCUCCUUGCUGCCUUUACUACUCAAGGUCAGUCUGAGCUGACUCUGUUACUGAAGAUUCAGGAGUAUUGCUACGACAACAUUCAUUUCAUGAAAGCCUUCCAGAAAAUAGUGGUGCUUUUUUACAAAGCUGAAGUCCUGAGUGAGGAGCCCAUUCUGAAGUGGUAUAAAGAUGCACAUGUUGCAAAGGGGAAAAGUGUCUUCCUUGAACAAAUGAAAAAGUUUGUGGAGUGGCUCAAAAAUGCUGAAGAAGAAUCUGAGUCUGAAGCUGAAGAAGGUGACUGAAUUUUGAAACUACACCCUCAAUAAAGCAAACAGGAGUUGUAGAUAAAAUGUCAUGUCUCAUGUGUCCUGGUUCUUACAUCUUCCUACCUCCCUAUAUCAAGCAUGAUAUAAGGGCUUUCAUAGCAAAUUUUAUUUUAACUGUUUCUAUGGUUACUGGAAAUGUUGGGUUUAGUUUCAAAAACCAUGUUGUAAGUAGCUACAGGAGCUAUAGAUUUGAAUCUAAUGUUGCAUUAGUCUUUUCAGUUCUCUUCUACCUCCUGUAUUUUCUACUGUAAUAAUGUAAUUUAAGGCCUUCCACAAGGAACAGUUCACUUUUUUCCUGGGUUUUCUAUAUAAAGUUUUCAAGAUAUGAUUUGGUUAAAAAUAAUUUGUUAUAAAAAUUCUGUUUGCAAAUUAAACUGUAAAAGUAUCCAAAGUCUCAAAAAGCAAUGAUUUGUGUGAUAAUUUGGUGUGCCCAAAGCCCUCAUCCAGGAAAACCUCAUAUACAGCAGUUGAAUUCAUUACAUGACUCUUGAGUAUUUGGGCCAUUGCUUCCAUGUUAAUAUUUUCUUAAUUUUUAACCCUUAUGUCUUGAGCUCAGUUUUUUGUUCUCUGGUUUCCAUUCCUUAGUGGAGCCAUGGAGAACAAGCUUCAAAGUGGGGUCUUUGGGAAAUUGUACUUGGCAGAGGUGGUGGGAAGAAGGAAGCUGAGUUUUUCCCAUUGAGAAAUUUCUGCAUUCCGUUGUAUCUUUCCAGGCAAAAUAGCUGGGUAUUCUUUUCAUACCAUUUUCAACUGUACCUUAGAAAAAUCUUGUCACUUUAACAAAGUUAACACUUGUCAUAUACUUAGAUUGGUAGGAAAGGACUCAUGGAAUAGUGUGAGUAAAGGAAAUGCCUUUACCCUAGUUGCCUUUUAUUUUUAAUUGCCAUGAGCCAACUAUCUCUUCUAUACAGUUGAUUCAUUUAUUUUAAUGGCUGCCUUUUAAUUUUCAUCUUUUCUUGCUGUCAUCCAUCUAUAUAUGUAUGUAGUCAGUAGAAAACAAAAUAUGACCACGCUUUUUGGUGGAAAGAACUUUAUCUUACAUGUGAAGAUUUUGGAAGUUUUGAUUGUUGAAAGAAACUAGGUUGGAAUAAGAGACUGGGUAGAAGUUGCCCCUUUCAGAGGUGCCAUUUUUUUGAGCCAAGAAUUUGGUGUUUAGCAGUUCAUCUGGAGAGAAUAAUGUGUAGUAUAAUUUGAAAUAAAGUUGUAUAGUAACCUUAAGGAGAGCAUUAUUACUGAUAUCAUUGUGAAUGGGGUGAAAUUGUUAAAUGAAUAACUUUGAUCAAGUUUUCAUGCACAGGCAAAAUGUAUUCACUAGGUUCCUACAUAGUGAUCUGCUUUUACUUUGUAAUUUGUAGUCCUCAAAAGACUUUUU